AUGUCCAGCGGCGUCCAAUUGUUCAUGAAAGCAGAGCAGCUCUAUGCUCAAAAUCGUGUUGAUGAAACGCUGGAGUACUACGCGAAGGCGAUUCAAAAGAUUGUCAGAAACGAGAACCUUUUGGCGCCUUUGCCAGCUCUCGUCCCGGACCCCACGUUUCCCAAAGAGACGCUGGGAGCCGUGUGGAGGAACUUUGUUGGGUUCUUCAAGGACCCCCAGAUGAGGAGAACCAAAGAAAACUCGCCUGACGCGUACAAACUCCUCGCUUCAUAUCGUCCGAAUUCUUCUCAUGAGUUUGAACGAUUCAAGUCUGAAAAAGAGAAGGCGUACCUGGCGGGGAUGAGGAUAACUGCCGGAUUGACGCUAGGUCUCAUGCACUGGGAUGCUGGCGAGCGCCCGACUGCUGUGAAACGCUACCGCGAGGCCAUCGAUAUUGCUUCCCAAUUCCCCCAGUACAACGACAAGACCAAGGCGACUACGCCUUGGGAGCGGUAUAUCGCGAACGAGGUCCAGACUACGCGCGAUAACCUCACCAUGCUCCUCAUGAACGACGAGAACGUCUCCCGUGUCGUGGCUGAGGAGUAUGGUCUUACUGGAGCUGGAGACAACAGGAAGGAAGUGCUGGGAAUAGGCGCGAUUAGGGUUGAAGGAGAUGGGAGGAUUUCGUUUGUCAGGCAGGUACAGGUUGCGAGCGACAAGUGCAAGGCUUGCGGGAAACGAGAUGCAAAGUUGAUGAAGUGCGGUGCCUGCAAGUCGGUCAACUAUUGCGGCUCUACCUGCCAGAAGGCGGAUUGGCCGGCGCACAAGGCCAUCUGCAAGUCCUUGAGGGCGUAA